AUGUUACAAUGUUUUCAGUGUGUGAGUGCUUCAAAUAAGUGGACAGUCGAAAUGUUACCAAUUAGUUUAAAGAUGGUAAAGUUCCAUAUAAGACUUGUAGUUCUAAGUUCAAUCAUAGUUUUUUCCAUUUCUACUGCUUCACCGAUAUACGACAGCGUGGACUCCGAAAAGGACGCUGCACCGAUAUACGACAAUGUGGACUUCGAAACGGACGAUGAUGUAGGAGAAUAUGGAAAAUAUUUCGAGGGAGACAUGGUGCUGUCGGUCUCUCAACAACAAGCAUUAGAGAAUAGUUACGCUCGCAAUGGUCUAGUCGACGAAGAUCAACGCUGGCCGAACCACACCGUCGUGUAUCACAUCAACGAGGAAGACUUUGAUGAAGAACAAAUAUCUAAAAUUAUGAAUGCUAUGGCUGAAAUAGCGAAUCAUUCGUGUUUAAUAUUCCGACCCAGAGCAAGCGAAGACGAACAUGCAGUCGUUAUAGAAGGUUCAAAUGAUGGAUGUUCUGCAGCUGUGGGAUAUGUACCACCUGGUGACGAUCAGGAACAAACUAUAUCAUUAGCCCGGGGUUGCUUCAGACACGGUUCCCUGGUACACGAGAUGCUGCAUACUCUUGGAUUCCGUCACAUGCAGAGUACUCAUGAUAGAGAUGAUUAUGUAACUGUUGUAUGGGACAAUAUACAACCUGAAUACGCAUAUAAUUUCUUAAAAUACGGCAAUGACUCUGUCACUAAUUUGGGAGUACCGUAUGAUUACAACAGUGUAAUGCACUACACGAGGAAAGCAUAUUCUUCUAAUGGCAAAGAUACUAUUAUCCCACUAAAGGAAAAUGUGAAUAUUGGUCAAAGGGUUGGACUAUCUCAUGGCGACAUAAUGAAACUAAACAGAAUGUAUUGUCUAAAGAAUAAAACUGACGACGAGGAAGAUACUUACACUUAG